GGGACCAAACAGCUUGAGCUGCCUUGCUGGGGAAAUCGGCAAGUCUCCCAAACGUUCUUGGAGAAAUGGGAGCAGCCUGCUGAAAGAGAAAGAACAGGGGCGGGGGCAUUCUCUCGGUGCCCCCCCCCCCGAGCAGCCCUGCCCCCAAAUGGCCAGCAUACCAGCGAUCUUGCAAGGCCUAACAGAUGACGAAGACAUCAAGGUGCUCCUGAAAGGGUCCCUCCUCUGGAAGAUCAAGGGCCGCCAGCAGCAGAAGCAGCGGCUUCACCGCCUUCAGGAAGAUGGGAUGACCAUCUGGUUCGAGACCCGCUUCAAAAGGGCCCACUCUAAACACGUCUUCUCCAUCUUGCACAUCGAAAGCGUGCGUGAAGGCUACCAGUCUGAGGGGCUGCGGAAAUAUGGCGGCUCUUUCCCCGAGCCCCAGUGCUUCACAAUCGUUUUCCGAGGCAAGCGGAAAAACCUGGAUCUCGCGGCCCAGACUGCCGAGGAGGCUCAGCGAUGGGUGAGAGGCCUCACCAAGCUAAUGGCCAGAGCAGAAACCAUGAGCCAGCGGGAAAAGCUGGAGCACUGGAUUCAUGACAUCCUGCAGCGAGCGGAUAAGAACAAGGACAACAAGAUGAGCUUCAAGGAGAUCAAAAACAUGUUGCGCAUGAUCAACAUUGACAUGAAUGACAUCUAUGCCUACAGACUCUUCAAGGAGUGUGAUAAAUCGAACAACGACCGCCUGGAGGAGCAUGAGAUCGAGGAGUUCUGCACGCGUCUGAUGGCACGCCCUGAGCUGGAAGAGAUCUUCCAUGGCUACUCGGGUGAGGACUGCGUGCUGUCCGCGGAGGAGCUGCGAGAAUUCCUGCGUGACCAGGGUGAGGAGGCGAGCUUGCAGCGGGCUCGGGAGAUCAUCCAGAUGUACGAGCUGAACGAGAAAGCCAGGCAGCACGACCUCAUGAUGCUGGACGGAUUCACGAUGUACCUGCUCUCCUCAGCCGGAAGCGUCCUCAACCAAGCCCACACUGACAUCUACCAAGACAUGACGCAGCCCCUCUGCCAUUACUUCAUCUCCAGCUCCCACAACACCUACCUGACGGACAACCAGAUCGGAGGUGCCAGCAGCACCGAGGCUUACAUCCGUAUCUCAGCAGCUGUCGUGGCUCCUGUGGCCCCAACGGGCCAGCUCCGCACCCGGGCCCAGUCCUUUACCAAGCACUCCCCCUUCCCUUUGAUCCUCUCACUGGAAAACCACUGCGGUCUGGAGCAGCAAUCCAUCAUGGCGCGGCACAUGAAGACCAUCUUGGGGGACAUGCUGCUGACUCUGCCGCUGGACGGAGACACGCCCAAACAGCUCCCCUCCCCAGAGCAGUUAAAGUGGAAGAUCUUAGUGAAGGGGAAGAAGCUUCCAGAUGACAAGAUUGACUCAGAAAGAGGGAGUUUCACCUCCAGUCACGAAGAGGAGACUGAGGAGGAUGAAGACGAGAGGUCUGCAAACUCUCUCCAGGAGAUCAAACCAUUACAGGCCAAGGAUGCCACGCAGAUUUCACGGGAGCUCUCGGACGUGGUUGUCUAUUGCCGGUCUGUCCCCUUCCAAAGCCUGGCGCGUGCCCUGCAUCAGCAGCAGCCCACGGAGAUGUCUUCGUUCAGUGAGCGGAAAGCCAGGAAGCUGAUCAAGGAAUCGGGAAACCUUUUUGUCCGCUGCAACACUCGACACCUCAGCCGGAUUUACCCCUUGGGGCUCAAGAUGAAUUCCUCCAAUUACAACCCACAGGAGAUGUGGAAUGCCGGCUGCCAACUAGUGGCGCUUAAUUUCCAGACGCCAGGGGCAGAGAUGGACCUCAACGACGGGCGCUUCCUGGUGAACGGGCGUUGUGGCUAUGUGCUGAAGCCGGCCUGGCUGCGCCACAGCCAGACCAACUUUGACCCCGAGUCCCCCCGGCGGGGCACCGGCCAGCGCCCCGUUGCCCUCACGAUCAAGGUGAUCACAGCACAGCAGCUCCCCAAGCUGAACAAGGAGAAGAACUCCUCCAUUGUGGACCCCUUUGUGCGCAUCGAGAUCCACGGCGUUCCCGUUGACUGUUGCAAGAAGCAGACGGAGUAUCGGCUGAACAACGGGUUUAAUCCAUGCUGGAAUGAAACGCUGACAUUCCCGGUCCGGGUUCCAGAACUGGCGCUGGUGCGCUUCGUAGUGGAGGAUUACGACACAACUUCUUCCAACGACUUUGUGGGACAAUUCACUUUGCCGCUGCCCAGUGUAAAAGAAGGGUAUCGCCACAUCCACCUGCUCUCCAGAGAUGGCACGCCAUUGUCUCCCGCCACGCUUUUUGUGCACGUGAAAUGCAAGAAGAUGUGAAAACGAGUGGAGAAAGACGCAAAGGCCACGGGCAGGAAAACAGCUGAGCAGCUGCGCUAAUAACUUGGUCCCCCCCUCCCCGCCCCCGUCAAACUGUGUGUGCUUCUGAGCCACAAAGAUGAAGCGGUGUGGGGCCAGCCCCUGUGGGCUGGGCUGAGACAGUGGUUUGAGAGUCAGUCAACCCUUGCUCGAAGGUUCCAGCUCCGUUAGGGUCCGGGAUCUGACGAAAUGGGGGUGCUGUUGAGUUUGAAAGCAGAAAGCCUCUUCUGAACCCCAUUUGGGGUGCUGGGAGAGGGUGCCCACCUCACCCCCUUCCCCCUGAGUAGCUUGGGAAACAAGCCACAAGAUGGCGAGAUUCAGCUGAGUUUCCUACAGUCACGCACACCUUACAAGUAGCAGUUAGUGAAAGGAUUUAUUAAGCUGUCUUUCAGGGAAGAGGGAGCAGGGGUGCAAAUGUGGAGCGGAAUAGAGAACUGCCAGCCUGCACAGACAUCGGGACUGUGGAUACAGUGUGAACAUUUGGGCAGGUGUGGGCCUGCCUCAGAGGCCUCCGUUGUUCAUUGUGCGGCCUAUGCGCAACCGCACGGGCUUGGGUUUUAGCUGAAGUCACCAAAGGCAGAAACGCCUUGCCGAGACCUCCGGUUGGGUAAGAAAACUGUGUCUGUGCUUCUGUGGGAAACAGGCUACCAACCCAUCUAAACAGACAGACAAUUUAAGAAACCCAUCCGUGGGCUUUUGCCCUGACAAUAGAAGCUUUUUAGCUUUCGCUAGUGCCUGGCGGACGCAAGGUACAAGCCAGUGAGGGCCAUGCAUUGGAUGUGAACAGCCCUACGCCCCUCCCCUCGAAUCAGACUCUCCAACAGCUGACAGACCUGUCGUGCAAUGAAUGUGGAGUUAGAUUUGAGUGCAGAAGCACCUUAGAAGCCAAGGAAGGUCUCAGGGUGAGGCCUUUCGAGAGUCAAAGCACUCCCUUCGUCAGAUGCAGCAGAACUCUGAGGGGUGCUGCAAAAGAAUGCUUGUAAAAUAUGCAGCGGUACCAUGGAGAUUGUAAUUGGCUUGAGAGAGCAGAAGGGAAAUGUCUUGGGGGCAGAAAAUUGGCAUCUGUAGUGAGAUAAGAAUCCUGUGUCCCUAUUCAGCCCUGGGGGGCAGGUACAUUGUUCGGAACUUGUGAAUGAACUGUAGUCCAGCAAUCUCCUGCUGUAAUUUCCCUUUGAAAUUUCUUCGUUUGAGGACCGCUACUGUACAUGCAGUGCCGUUUGUAUUCCCCAGUAUUAUAAAGUCUCCCUGUAGCUUCAGGGCUUCUCUUAUAGAGAA